CAGAAGUCGCCAUCAUUGUCGCCAUAUUAUGGUGGUUUUUAACAAUUAAUGGAAGAAAUUAAAAUUACAGGCUAGCUUGUGCUACUGAAGGGUUGUAGAGGUAAAGUUCGGUGCUUUGGUGAAAGAUAAUGGAUUAAAGAUGAGCGGGCCGACUCCUACCGGCAACAGUUGCACGCUAGAAGACUGUUACACAAAUAUUUUUGCCCUGACGGACAUUUGUGGGAUUAAAUGGCGGAAGUUGUGUAUAGAUCCGUUGCAGACCCACAUUGAUCCACUUGAGGACCCAGUGUUGAGUUCAUAUGCAAAAUGUCUUAAAGAAGAUAUACUCUGUGUAUGGAGAAGAGUGGCAAAACAUUCAGAGUCCAGACCAACUGAUAUUUCAUUUGGAAAGGAACUGUGGAUAUUCUGGUAUGGGGAUAGACCCUCUGUAUUGGAUAGUAUCUUGUCACCAGACUUGAAAGAAAAUGAGUAUGGCUCCUGGGAAAAGGACAGUGUUAUGUCAUACGAGUGCAGGACUCUUCUCUUCAAGGCCUUACACAACCUAAUUGAGAGAUGUUUGCUGGGCAAGAAUUUUAUUCGACUAGGGCGAUGGUUUGUACAGCCUCAUGAUCCUCUUUCUGGUGCUGAACAGGGGGUGAACUUGUCAUUCUGUUUUAACUUUUUCCUACAUGGUGAGAGUACGGUGUGUGCAAGUAUUGAGGUUAAACAGCAUCCCCCUGUUACGUUCUUGAAUGUUCAUCACCUUACCCAUGCUCAGGAAAAUGGCUCACAGCUCAGUGUAAUAUUGGCUCCGUAUGGUUUGAAUGGCACAUUAACUGGUGUAACAUAUAGAGAUACGGACCCGACAACCCGAAAACACUUAGAUGAAUGGAAACAGUUCUAUCCAGUUCGAGUAGAUGAUGCCAAAGAAGAUAUAAAUAAACUGCCAAAUGUUGUUGAAGUUGUUGUUGCUGGGGUACGUAUGAAGUACCCAUCAUGUUUUGUGUUAUUAGUGGAUGAUAGGCCUGUCCUAGAUACAGGAAUGCCCAGACCGAACAAUAUGCAUCAUGGCGGGCUACUCGGCUCUACAGGGCUGCACGAGGAAGCUGCUCUGCUUGGAGACACAAGAGGUCGAACCUUAGAACCAGUUUCAGAUCUGACGUCAAAAACCAACAGGGCUUUCAGUUCCAAACUAAUAGAUCGGAUUGGUCAGGAUAAUUGUUUGACUGCUGGCCUGUCAAAAAAGCAUGCAGAGAAUAUGACAGAGGAGCUACUAACAGGGACAUGGGAUUUCUCAGAUCCUACUGCCAGAACUUCUUGUAACUGUUCAAGAUUACGUGGUAAGAACAAGUCAAGCUCAAAUCUAUCCGGCAAACAACUGGAGAAGAAAAAGGGAGAUAAACUACUGGAGAGACAGCAGUCUAGAUUAUCACGCACUACACCAUUCCAUCGUAGAAAUCAAACAAUAGAAGACUAUGUUCAUUAUGACAUGGAUAUGUUUAUGCCCCGGGUGCCCACCAGUAACAGUGGAGUUUUAAAUGCACCUGGGGUUCAGGUAUCUGGGGCAGGAACUACACAGGGGCAGCAGCCCCAGUCUCAAAAUAGUGCUGGCACUGAGGGUGCGAAUGUAAGUAGUACAAGUAUCGAGUCUCCGGCUUCUAAUGCUCCAUCGCCACUUGAGGAUUCUCAUAACCAUGCACAUAUGGACAACGUGGCCAGCAUGGACCCAACCAUGCCAACCUUAAGUCCGCAUCCGCCAGUUUUGAAAAACACUGAAAAGGAUCAGUUAGUACCAAAAAUACCACAAAGUGACCCAAAUACAAGCCAAAAUGUGAAUAAUAGUAACAGCAAUGUGCUAGUGAAUGGAGUGACUAGUGAAUCAAUAUCAUUUCAUAAACCUCAUACUGUGUUAAAACAUGAAAAUAAUACAUUAAAUCAUCCAUUAGCAUGGAAUCAUCAGUCUUUGGAAAGUACGAAGGCAAACAUAAACAGUUGGUUGCGAUCACAACAAAAGCAAGUAGAUCACAAAUCUUUUAAGCGGCCAUGUUUGCCGACCACAGGUGAGGAUCAGGACGAGCUCAUUACAGAUUCUCUCUACAAUUUUGAUAGUGUAUCAAACUGGUCAGAUUUUCCAUUGAAGAAAGUGUGUUAUGACAGGUCCGAAAUGAUGAACGGCAUACAAGACUUGAGAUCAAGUUCUAAUUCUGGACAAAAUCAUCGUCCAUUAAGAUCGGUGUCCCCACAGCCUCCCGCCCCAGACCCUUACGCAUUCUCAGAUGAAUCGUCAAGCACUCCAGCAACAAUAUCACGUGGUUCCAUGAGGAAUAGUCGAGACGAUUUAUUCCAACGACAUUCACCUUUCAAGGAAGAUGAAAAACCAGACUUGAUAAGAAGUGGAACAGGAGAAAGUUUUGGAUUCAAGGAAGAGCGUGGGAACACAGAUUUUAACUCGAUAACAUCCCCACCGACUACACCAGGAACCCAAAUGGGAGGUAGUCUCACGAGAGAAGUUGAUCUGAAACCACAGUUCUCCGAUCUGGACAAUCUGUUUGAGUCAGAUUCUGAUUCUAAUGAUGAUGCUUUUGUUCCUCAAAGUCCUCCAAAGAGUGUAGAAGAUCUGAAGUCUACUAAACUUCCUAACACCACACCUGUUGAUGCAAUUGAAAUAAUAGCUCCAUCAGAGUUAGCGCGAAUGUAUCCCACACCACCUUCCCUGGAGAACAAUCAAGGUUUGUCACCCAUGACAAGUGCGGAGAGUCAGGUGGAGUCUCACACCAUGACCAUGGAGGGCAUCAGUAUCAGCAGCAUUAAAACAGAGGUUGUAGCGGCCAACUCACUCGUGGAACAGCUCAGCAAGGAUGGACUGUCAGUGUACACACCAGAUGAGCGGGCUCAGUUUCCUAGUUCAACAAAAUACGCGCCAGUAGAAUUAUACAGUUCCCAGAUGUCUCCUCCCCCUCAUGUGCCAGAAUAUAAACCUUCAUGGCAGUAUCAUAUGUCAAUGCCAGAUAAACAUGUCAGCCAUUACAUCAAUAUCCCCUCAGUUGAGAAUCUGCCAAGUAUUCCAUCAACACGAAUGCCUUCCAGUACAAUAGAGGCUUCACCAGCCAUGUUUCAGAACAGUGUCGGACAACAAAAGACGCCGAUGAGCUAUGAACUGCAAUCUCCUGCUUCAAAUGCAUCUUCGUACCUCAACAAAACGCCAAACUCGAACAUGAAUCAUAAUAUAGGAACAAAUAAUCAAAUACCGGAAGCCCAUAGCUUACUUGUGAACAUAGUGCUCUCAGAUUCUAUUCUUAACUUAUUCAAGGAUCAUAAUUUUGAUAGUUGCAAUAUUUGUGUGUGUAAUAUGACAAUUAAAGGGUCGGAUCUAGGUGUGUAUAUUCCAAACCCAACGGGUGAACAGGAAUAUAAGUGCACAUGUGGUUUUAGUGCUGUGAUGAACAAAAGGUUCGGUCAUUUGGCCGGCUUGUUUUAUGAGGACGAAAUAGAAAUCACUGGUGUACCAGACAAUCGUUUUGAAAGGCGCAAAUCAAAUUUGUUGACGUUAGAUCCAAAUAAAGUGGAUGAAAAUGGCGUGAAAGUGAUGCCAAAUGUGGAGGAAGUGUCUCAAGCUGUGAUUCAGUUACUUAUCGGUCAAUUCUGUGUUCCAUAUCCGACCUGUUCUACAGUGAAACUUCUGCAAAAACUGAGUUUCAGGUCGAAAACAUUUGCUAGUGAUCCUGUGAAUAUUAUGCAUGUGCAAGAUGGGAAUGAUGUGACCUAUUUAGCCCUCGAUCAAGGUCGACAAGCCAUGGAGCACUGUCCGAACAAACUAGAAGAUAAUAGAAUGAAGUCUACAUGUUUACAUAAUUGGACUUUCUUACAGGGUGCUACUCAGAUACCGCAGAAUUCUCUGGAGUGUGUGCGGCUACUGAAAGGUUUACAGCCAUUAUUACAAGAUGCCAUUCAGAACAAAAGAGUCACCAGGUUGUGGGAACAUACAUAUAAGCUACAGGGACCCCUAACCUGGAUAGAAUUUCAUCAGUUAGCUGGCAGAGGUUCAGAUGAGAACAGUGAGCCUCAGCCUAUUCCCUCAUUGUUGCUGGGUUGUGAGAAAGAUGCAGCAAAUGUCUCGCCUUAUGCUCUCAGGUUUUGGGAUAAGAACAUAUUUGAGCCAUAUGGACACAGGAGAGAUGUCGCCUAUGUUAUUGUGACGCCAGAAAAUGAUUUUAUCAUGAGCCUUGUGAAACCAUUCUUCAAAGAGCUAAGUACAAUGUAUGAAUGGCUCAAACUUGGUAGACACUGCCCCAUAUCAGAAAAGUUACGGGAUGGUAUACUGCGUGUUGGUCGGACAAUGUUGCAGAAACUUGGUGAUCAGGACGUAGAUGAUUGGUUCAGAUUACUAGGUGAAAGUCCAGUUGCAUCAAAAUUGAAACUAUACGCACAGACAUGCAAGCAUUAUUUAGUUCCAUUCCUGGCACAACAGACCGACUUUAAGACAAUGUUUGCAGCGAGUGCAGCUAGUCAACGGCCUUCAAAUCACAGACCUCCUGAGGCGCCAACGGAGAAUCUCAAUUCACAAUCAGAGGAAAGAGAAGGAUCUCAUGGUGACGGUACCCAGCGUGAUACUCAUGAAGACAUCCCAGACAUGAGCACGAAUGGGGAUGGUCCAGCUAUCGUGAUAUAUAUCGUUAACCCGUUCACGUACGGCCAUCAGGACUGGGAUGAUCUGAACAGAUUAGCAAUGAUUGGUCUUCUAAAAUGUUACCAGGAAAUUGUACAGAAACUACCUGAACACAUGCAGAAGAAUGUUUAUUUGCAGAUUAUACCAGUACAGACAGUGAUUGAUGCACUGGAAAGUAACAAUCAGUUCCAGCUACUAAAGAACAUCGCAUUUUCUGUAUUCACAAGCUGUAGAUGGAAUCUCUCCCAUUCUGUUCUUGGUCGGUCACUAACUGGGUUUGGUCCGGCAGCAGCAGCCGAAAUACUCAUGAAGAAGAAAGAUCCGAAUGAUGUAAUGGGCCAGUACAAGCUGUACAAUCCUCCAUUUGUCCUGGCACCGUUGAAAGAUAAACAGGAGCAGCUGGCUGAGUCGUGUAGUGAGAAACGAGAAAACAGUACCAUACUGAUGUGUGUUUAUUGCUUGUCCGAGGAUCAGAGAUGGUUGUUAGCAACCUGCACGGACGAUAGAGGGGAGACUGUGGAAACUUGCACAAUUAAUAUAGAUAUUCCAAAUAGACACCGGCGAAAGAAAACAUCUGCACGGAAAAUUGGUCUUGGUAAAUUGUGGGAGUUCAUACUUGGUGUUAUAUCAAUGUCAUCAAAGCCUUGUAGAAUAGUAAUUGGCCGGUUUGGCAGAAUGGGGCACGGAGAACUAAAAGGAUGGUCUGGUUUACUGAGCAAGAAAAAUAUUCAGCGCUGUAGCAGAAGAAUGCGGGACAUGUGCUCACAGUGUUCGUACCAGUCUGAAGGCGAGCAUCCUACCAUAGUCAGUGCUUGUCUGAUUUCCUUCGAACAGCACCGCAGCUUCAGUAUAAUGCCUGACUGUGUCAAGUCAGAGGAGAAGCAGCGUAGCAACUGUCCAUUACAAACUCCGCGUGACGCGUCUUGUUCGCACAUAUUAGUUUUCCCAACAUCGGCAACAGCGCAGGCAAAUAUGCAUCAAAUACAGCUUGAUUCGACAGGAGGAAUUGAUCUUGGAGGUCAUAAUCUAGAGUUUGGCGUAGAUCUUUCUGACACAAAUAUUAUCAAUGAUUUUGGUGAUAAUACUGAUGAUUUUGGCAGUUUAAUGGAUGUAUUUGUAUCAAUGACAGAGAAUUCUCCACCAGGUUCGCCGAGACAAGAUAAUCCAGGAUCACCAGGACUGAUGGACCUUGGCAGAACAUCUCCAAACAAACUGAACGGUGCAUCUGUGACCAACAACAGCAGUACAACCAGUGACCCUCAAGAUGAUGCCCCUAAUUUACUCCAGCAGCCCCUCGCUAUGGGAUACUACAUUUCCACAGCUGAUACUGGACCACUUCCACGCUGGUUCUGGUCAGCCUGCUCAGAAAAUGAAUUCUCACCUGUUAAAUGCUUCAAGUCGGCUCUACAUAUUCAUGUGUCAACAAACAUGGAUGACUUUAUGCAUCAGACAUCCUCUAGAAACACGCAUCCCCUCGACUCAAAUCUCACCUGUGAUGUGCUCAGAUAUGUGUUAGAGAAAUACAACUCAUUGUCAUGGCUCACGUUUGACCCAGUAAAGAAUGAUCGCCAGUCUUGUUUUCCGUUACAUUUCAGUGUCUUAAUGCAGCUGUACCAUGCCAUGAAUGCUUAUGUUUAGUUCUGAACCUUAAGCAACCAUUGUAAUGUAAGAACACUAGAGGCAAACAAUUACACAUAGGCCUGAGCUUCCUGUACUGAGUUGGGCCAUUCUACAGUCUGAUCAAUCUUUAUUCCGAACAGCUGUUCAGUUUUAGUAUUUUCAUAUUUUAACCCAUUUGACCUGCUGAAUUAUUGUAAUGGAAUUGCCCUGCAGUGAAUCUGGAACAGUUCAUUUUAAGUUAUAAGGGAUUUCAAUAUCAAAAUACAAAAAUUAAAGCUACCUACACUGUAGAACUUGCUCAGACUGCAUAGAUAUGCCAAAGACUGGUGACUUUCAGUCCAAACAGGUUAUGGGUUAAAUUAAACAAUGGAUAUAAAUACCUUGAAAACUUAACUGGGUAGUCCGCAAGGUUCAUUGUUAGUAUUAUCUGUUCAUACAUGUAUCUGUAAGGGUUAUUUUGUUUUUAAGUCAUAUAUAAAAACUGUGUAUAAUAAUUAACAUGCCUGUGAUUUGUUUAGUUUUCUUGUCAGAACUGGUUCUGAUGAUUGUAUACACAAUUACUUGAAAUUUUUAUAUCAUGUAUUUGUUUUAAAAAAAAAGAAUGAGAUGUUAACAGAGUUAUGUUAAUAAAGCUACAAGUUUUCAUUGAUGAACAUUAAUUUAUUGCAAGUAUUUGGAGAUUUUAUUUUAAUAUCAAAUAUUUUUUGAAAUGUUAAAAAAAGUUCAGAGGUACACCAAGGUUUCUGUUGAAACAAUUUAAGGGGAGAUAAGACCAGAAUAAAAAUUCCAUUUAGUGAAGUCUGAAAAUAAGAAUCUUGCCUGUAAGAUUUUUGUAUGUUAAAACUUUGAUAGGGCAUUGUUGGCAUAAAUAUAAUUUUGUCUAUGUAUUAAAUGUCUAGAUCUAUUUAUAAUGGCAGAUCUGAACUUGUGAUCAACCAAUGAUUCUUACUUCCAUUAUAAAUGGAACCAGUUUUCUGAAAUUACUGAUGGCAUUGUUGUAUGACACUGACAUAUUUAAUUGUGAAUUGUUUAAUAAAUUUAACUUUUUGUAAAUGUUUAUUUAUAGAAAUGUAUUGACCAGAUAAAGCCAAAACCUAGAACAGUAUAAACAAAGGGGUGUGGAUGAUUCUAAUAGCAAUUAUGCCAAUCUGUAUAAAAUAAACCUUUAUUUGAUGAUUUUAAUAAACAAGAUGAAAUUACAUAUUUAUGUCAUAAUGUAUUUUAAGUCAGGGCUCAUGUUUUACAUAAUAAAGAACCAGCAUGAAAAGUUUAAAAGGUUUUUUUUUUUUUUUGGUGGGGGGUUUGGGACUUUUUGAAACUUUAAGCUUGGAAAAUCACCGUUUGGUACUUUGGAACACAUACUGAAAGUGGUUGUGUCAUAAUUUAAUUAGAAUCAUUGAUAUCCUUUUGUAAAUGAUGAAUCUGCUUUACUUAUCUAUAAAAGUCAUUAGUAACUUUGUAUUUGAACGAUGUAUUUAAGUAUUUAUUUUUGCAAGUAUUUAUUACAGUAUGAUCAAUUUUCUGUACAUAAAAUGUGUAUAUUAAUUGUAAGCCUUUCUACUGUCCAAAAAUGAUGCAUGUUGGUGGAUAGGAAUGGAAUAUGGUCUUGUUUAACCAAUUAUUUGAUUAAACCUUUAACUUCUGUGGCAACUGAAUUUACCCAUACAACCAGUGCCGACUAUUAGCCAGCACUUUGAUGUUGUUUGAUUAUGGUCAGCUCUGUUUGUUAAUCAUGUCAGUAAAUUUUUUGAAGAAGAAAAUUCCUAAGAAUAAUGACUGGUUUUGUCCAGAUUGAAAGAAGGAUUAUGAUUAUACUAAAAAUUGGGGGUGGGGGGAUCUAAAUUGUUAUAUCGGCAGAAAUUAUGCUUUUCUUUUACAAAAGAUUUAUGUUUGUCAAAAAAAAUUCAAACAAGUUUUUUUUUCUUGUAGGCUUCAAUACGUACUGUUUAAUGAGCAAAUAUUGGGUUGUAAUUGAAAACUGUAUUAUUGCUACCAAUAUAAUAUGAAGAUAAUGGCAUUAGUCUUGAUGAAUUUCAGAUUUAUUUUGAUUGUUGACAUCAAUUUUUUUCUGAAAUAAAACUUUUUAAUACGAUUUCUGUGAAAUUAUUCACACAGGUUGCUGUAUGGCAUGCAUUGAAUGUAUAUGAUGGACAUGUUUAUAUAUAGACAAGUGCUACAUAGUUUUAACAUUGCCAUAAAGACUUUAUAUUUUAUAUAUAUGUAAGAAAGUGUUGAGAAAUAUGUAUUUAUUGGAAAGCACACCUUUGACAUAAGUACUGUGUGUGUGUGUGUUUUUUAACUUUAAAUAGUUUUGCUAAAGAAAAUGGAAAACCUAUUUGUUGUUGUAUAUAUAUCAUUGAGUUGUUCUCAUUCCUUUAUUAAGCACUUAUUGUAAAUAAAUUAUACAUAUUUUAUUAUAUUGUACAGUUCAUAAUUAAAUCAAGAGUAUAUAUUAUCAAAAAAAUGAACUUGUUUAUGUAUGUAUUGAUCAGUUUCUCUUUGUGUUGACUGAAGUUGUCAUCUGUCAUAUUUACUCACUUACAAGUCGGGGUUUCUUGUCAUAUUUUCUCAUGUAAAAGUUUGGUCUCUUUAUAGGACCCCCCCAAAAAAACCUGUCGUCGACUUACGGAGAGUACUGUUAAAAUUUAAUUAUUUUUGGGUCAAUAAAGAAAGACUAGUAGCACAAGUCUUUAAGUAAAAUAUCGGCCUUGUAGGUGGGCAACUAUGAAGUAAAGUCUAGGACUAUAUAUUCCUAAGGUUGAGAGUCACAUGUGUUGUUUAAAAUGGCUGUUGCUUCCAGAUUGCUUGUGAUUUAAAUUACCUCUAGUCUGAUAAUGAGAUUUCCAAUUCAAGCUUGUGUUUGGGUAGAACUGCAAUUGAAAAACAAACCUUUUAAGUUGUGUGAUUUGUAUUAUUAUUUUUUGCCUUGUUAACAGGGUCACAAUUUUGUUUGAAUGGAACAAUUAUGUCUCAAAGUAAUUUUUUUAUGCAGUAAAAAAAGAAAGAUUUAGGGUAACUGAUUAUUAUUAGUUAUCGUAACUAUCUAUUGAAUAUGUCUGAAAUUCAUACUUUUUGUGUUUAAGAGGCUCUCUGAAUGAAUUAAUGUUGAAAGCCAUGACAUGUAUAUCACUAUAAGAUUACAAAAAGACACCUUAAAUUGUUGAAUUUACAGUGUAAUUUUACUGAUCUAAAAAGCUACUGUGGUUAACACAUUGUGCACCUUUGCAUCUACAGGUAUUAUCAUUGAUCUGGUAAUAAAAUUGUCAAACUACAUCAGUACAGAAGCAAUAUUGUUAUCUUUGACCUUCUAUAAGACUAGAUUUAUUGAAUGAACUUGAAAUCUGGUCUAAAGUAUUCAAGGAAUAAGCAUUUAUGAUCAAACAUUGUACAUUUUCUCAUUGUCAUUUUAUAUUUUUGCCUAUAGAUGUGUGCCAGUAGUCCAUCGUCUGUUUGUAAUAAAAAAUGGAUGGUCUUCAUAGUACUGAAAAGCAUUUUAAAUUUACUCUCUUUUUUUUCUUUCCAAGUUAAACACACUUUUAAAAGUGUUCACCAUUUUAUUGAACCCUUGCACUGUUCAGUUCCCUUUUAUUUCAUACCAAAGCACUUUUUUUUUGUCAACAUAGCAGCUAAAUAGUCAAUAUCAAUUGUUAAACAAAUCGUUAGUUGUUAGUGUCCCUUUGAAAAUAAGGGAGAGAUAACUGUUAUGUAUAUAAGAAAGUAAGUAUUUGUAUAUAUUAGUUUAGAAAACAAAAAAUGUUGUGAGAUACUACUGCAGUCAUAUGUAACUAAACCAUGAAAUUUACACAUUUUAAUCAUGCUGGUAAAAAUAACCUUUCACUGGCUAAUGAUGAAUAAAAUGUGAAGUAAGUUGAAAA